CGAGCGAGACUCACCGACCCACGUUCUACGUUCAGUCUCUGGCUUCAUGCGCUUGCGCACACCACGCGCAGAUGUUGCACGACAACAUUACCUUCUCACCUGCAUUCCGACCCACUAUGAGUUUCGAGAGUGAUAGAGUGACUGUUAAACGCGAAAACCCUGAAUAUUCCGAAGAGGGUGAAUAUUAUAGCUACAUGCCAUUGGAAGUAAAGAGAGACUCUGAGAUGCAAUUCGCGCCAUCGUCACCCACUCACCUGAUGGAUUUGAGUAACGGAGCCGACCGACCCGUCCAACCCUGGCCUACGAACGUAAUAUUCGACAACGACGAACGAGAAUACCAACAACAAUACCAAUACGACUCCAUGUACAUAGACCAGCGUCAGAGACAACUCCACAGAAACUUUUACAUCGAAGAUUCUAAUUCUCAAGACAGACUGGGGACUUAUUACGACAGUAGUGAAAUACAGAAGCCGCUUGAACAGUCGUACCGCGCGUCGACUGAAGAACGCAGCGACGAAGGAGACGAACAGAGAAGAUCGAGAAAGAGAUCGUCAAAGUCUUCACGAAAGAAAACACAAUCGUUUGAAGAGAUGCAAAUACAGAGAGUUAUGGCUAAUGUUCGGGAACGACAGCGAACACAAAGUUUGAACGAGGCCUUUGCCAGCUUACGUGAAAUCAUUCCCUCUUUGCCGAGCGAUAAGUUAUCGAAGAUACAGACUUUGCAGCUCGCUACACAGUAUAUUGAAUUCCUGUACCAAAUACUGUCAAAUGGUGAAUCAGCUUCUAACAGCGAAAACAGCGAUGCUGGCAGCGACCACGGCAAGUAUUUAGCCCAAGAUAAACUAAGUUAUGCAUUUUCAGUGUGGAGAAUGGAAGGGGAAUGGACGAACGGUCAAACGUGACAGAUCAAAGUUUAACAUAGAUACUAAAUAAUUAUACUUAUUCCAAAGAAACUGUACCAAUAAUGUUGAUAUAUUUUGUAAAUGUGAAUCUUAAGUGAAAAGUUGAAGUCUAAGACAAUUGUAGGUAUAUUAAUAUAAUUUUAUAAAUGUGAUAGCUUGUAAUUGUUAUAAUUUAGUGAUAAAAUACGCUAAGUAAAUAAGACAUUAGAUAUAACAACGCAGCUACAUACCAAAUAUGAAAAUUCCAAUUUUGUACAUUCUAGUUAAGAGAUAAAUAAAUAAUUUUUUGAUUAAAUA